GGAGUUUCGACGGAAGUGGCGGCGAGUGCAACCUGAUCCCCUGGCAAAAUGCAGAGGUUUCGGAGCGGGAGGUUGAGUUUAUUGAUACGCGGAGGAGGUGGAAAGUGGGCCCGGAGUUGAGCAGUUUGUGAGCGCGAGAACACUGCAACAGUAACAGGACGACUCAGUUCAGCUCCAUACAUCGAUACGUCUGGAUACAAACUGAUACUUUCUAUAACCCCCAUCUUCCCACUCUUUCAAGCCAAUGGAACCUAUCACCAAGUGGACACCAAAACAAGUGGUGGAGUGGAUUAAAGGGCUGGAUGAUUGCUUACAGUGUUAUGUUCGCAACUUUGAGCGAGAGAAGAUAAAUGGUGAGCAGCUCCUGCAGAUUACUCACCAGGACCUUGAAGACUUGGGAGUAAUUCGCAUUGGUCACCAAGAACUGAUACUAGAAGCUGUGGAUCUGCUUUGUGCUUUGAAUUAUGGAUUGGAAACAGAAAGCAUGAAGAAGCUGGCCCUGAAAUUACGGGCUUCUACCAGUGGCCUGCAGAAUUUUAUCAGUAGUAGAAGAAAAAGCACUGCUUAUGAUGGAACUUCUCGCAAACCUCCCAAUGAUUUCCUUACCUCAGUUGUGGACCUUAUUGCAGCUGCUAAGGCCUUGUUGGCAUGGUUGGAUAGGUCGCCAUUUACAGGGAUUAGUGAUUACUCCAUAAUGAAAAACAAGAUUAUACAGCUGUGCUUGAAUUUAACAACAAUUGUUCAACAGAACUCCACUGUUCUUGAAAUGGAAGAUGGUGUUAUUAAUGUUUGUAAAGUUCUGAAUGGUAUUUGUGAUCAGACUAUCAGAUCUGCAUCUGACCCUUUGUUAAGCCAGAGUGCUUGUCUAGAGGAGGUUCAGUUGAGAGACGUCAAACCAAAUGAAGGACUGGGCAUGUAUAUUAAAUCAACUUAUGAUGGAUUACAUGUUGUUACUGGUACCACAGAAAAUUCUCCUGCUGAUCAAUCUCACAAGAUUCAUGCUGGUGAUGAGGUGAUUCAGGUGAAUCAGCAAACUGUGGUUGGCUGGCAGUUGAAAAAUCUUGUUGGAAAGCUCCGUGAAGAUGCUGUAGGCGUUGCACUUCUGUUAAAAAAACGGCCAGCAAACACAUGCAAUUUAACUCCUGCACCUCUGAAGAACAUGCGCUGGAAACCACCAGCAAUGCAGACCAGCCCAUCACAAACUGCAACUCCAUCAACAGCCAGCACAAUGGAGAUGUCUCAAAAGAAAGAAAAACCUGCUAUUAAGGAUUUGUAUAUCCCACCGCCACCAGCUGUUCCAUAUACACCACGGAAUGACCAGGGUGACCUGGAUUAUGAAGAGGUCAGCAAGCAUGGACCAGUCAGGCCUGUACCAAAGGGUUCUGAGUCACCCAAUUCUUUCCUUGAUCAAGAAUACCAGAGGCGGCGGUUUACCAUUGCAGAAUAUGAUCAGUUGCCCCCAUAUGCAUUUGAAGUGCCUAAACCUACCAGAAUGCGGGACAAGACACAGCUAUAUGGAAGACCACGACCUCUGUCAAUGCCGGUGAGUGGGAGCUGGAUGGCUGAAGUUGAAGCUUGUUCAAGGCCUAGAAUGGAAGGAAGGAAAGGGGAUGAUUUUCUCUAUAGAUACUUCAGCAAUGAUAGAAUUCCACCAAUCAAUGAAGAUUGUGCUGCAGCACAAAUUUCUCAACCAGCCGCUGGCAGACAUUCUGGAAGGACUGUGAGUGGGAGGUACUCUGUCAGCCCUGAAACUCGCAACAGUAUGAUAAUCCCUAAUCAGCAAGAUGGACCCCAAAAAAGUUCAAAUUCACCACAUAAAAGCUCAUUGGAACGUUCAACGGUCAGUUGGAUUACAAGAUUUAAGCUAUUAACUCACUGAAUUUUAUUUUUUUUGCUAUUCAUUUCAUACUUGUGUCUGAGAGCAGUAUCCAAAGCUACAUGUUGUCACAUUUUGUGAUGCAAUCACUGAGAAAAAUAAACUGGUGUCACUUGGUCAAUUUUUAAAGUCAGAGUAAAGAUGCAGGUCUUAAGAGAGUCCUGUUAAUUGUGCCUUAUGCAGUGACUAAAUAGAUUACAAUUGCAAUCCAAUUUUAUCCAUUUGAUUUUAUAAUCACCACCACCUAAUAAAUGUACAGCAAAGUUGCAUCAAUUUUAUUUUCCUCUGGAGAUCCUAGGCAAAGGUUUUAAGUCUUAUGAACUGAGCAAUGUGAGAGGAUUUUGCAUUGACUUUCAGAAAUUAGCUCUAGACUGACAUAUGUAGCAUCUGCACAUUUUUUUCCUUGAGUAAUAAGUAGAAUUGAAGAAUGUUACAGAAACUGGAUGCAGGGCAACAGUAUGCAUUUGCAAAUGCAAUUACUUUGCUAUGUGGAAAAGUACAUACAAAACUUUGUAAUGUAGGAUUUAUCAAGCAACUUAUUUGUUCUGAAUAUCCUGAUUUUUGUCUUGAUUGACUUACAGACUAGCCUUGUUGUAAUCCAAAGUGUGAAUGAUGUAAUGAGUGAACUGGUUUUUGAAAUUAUCAGACCACUGAUCUAAAUUGUAUUUGCAUUGUAAGCUAAAUCUUUUACGCAAUAUGUUUCUGAAGGGGCAGAGAAACUGUUUAAAGGGUGUACUAAACUGGUAUCAUGUACCAAGCUAGAUUAAGGUAUCAGAUUCCUGAAAUUUUUUCAUGCUCCAUGUUUUAAAAAAACAAAAUAUUUGGUAUCUAUUAUCAUUUGAGAGAAAUCAGAAAUUUUCAGCUCUUCAGGAGACCAUUCAGCAUUUCAAGGCUAUUCAAGCUGCUGUGGAACCAUCCAGCCUAACUUGCUUUCCAGUGCCUGGUCCAUUGCUUCAUAGGUUGCAGUACUUCAAGCAUAUAUGCCAAGUAAUUUUUAAAUGUUUUGAGGAUCUUUGUCUCUUGAACCUUUUCAUGCAUGUCCCUCUGAACAAGUCCAAAAUCAUUGAUGUAUACCAAAAAAAAGCCAAAGACCUAGCACUGAACCCUGUAGAACCCAUUGGAAACAACUUUUCAAAGGACUCGGUGACAGAGCAAUUUUCAUUCUACCACAAUGCAAGUUCUAAGUUUCAAUACCUUUUUUAUACUGUAAGUUUCUCCUUAGGUUUGUUAUUUUCAAUCUUGCAAUCUGUUGAUAUUUAUACUAUAGUUAGACUAGUGUACUUUUUGCUGUUAGAUUUUUCUUUUUUGAUAGAUUUAACACAUUCUUGUUGAGACGGUUCUGAAGACAAUAUCAGUAUACUUUUUAUUGUCGAAUGCUGCCAUUUUAGAAUUGGGGUUAAUGCUUAUUUUCCCUAUAUGUAAUUGUAUCUAUUUUGCGUAUUUUUGGGCCAUUAUUGAACAACUCUAGAUUGGCUUGUAUUUGGCUUUAAGUCCAAGUCAAAUGUCAUUUUUUUAAAACUGGUUUAUAGAAGACAGAUGCUUCUGGGUGUGUGAAUCAAGGACAUGGAAGUUAUUUGAUGGACAGCUUGUUUUUGUUUUCUUUAGUGAAAGAUACCUGAAGAAUUGUGAUCGAGAAAAUUCGAUGUUCAAAUUUCAGUUCCUCCGAAGGUCAUUGAUAAUCCUGAGUUGUGAUCUCUGUCUGCUCAUGCCCAGCUCAUAAAGACCACAAUCAAAUACUGACUGAAAUAUACUUAAACACCAUUGAUUCCUUUUCUAUUGCUUAAUGUGCAACUACUUCAGCAGCGAAGUAAUUGAACUAUACAAAUAUGUUGAGAAAUUUCAUAAAACAAAAAUAAUCAAAACCAAAGUUUAAGAAUAUGCACUAAAUGUGUAGAGUUAAAGUUCAGAGCAACUGGGCAAUUUUUCAACACACUUUUCCUGUGAUAUGAAUGGAAAUAUACAUGUAAUGAAAUGAGGCAUCUGUAUGAUUCCGGUCAAGAAGGAUGGUGUGGAUCUCUAAAGUGGUAACUAAAAGGAUUGGGAGUUCCAGGAUUUAGUCUACAAGUGUAAUUGAUUGGGACACAAAACUGCAUGUCAGUUUACUUGCCAAAUAGAUAACUAUGCACCUGGAUUACUGGAUUGUGUAGAUUUACAACUAUUUGGAUGUUAAUAGAGUAUUUAAAUAUAUAUAUAUAUAAAUAUGCUUUACAGUUUUGUUUUUAACUUGUAUUAAUGUACAAUAUUCAAUGGUCCACCAUGGCUAUCAGUGUAUAAACUAAUUUGUAAUAAGUGUGUUGAUAGGGCUCAGUGACAUACCCCUUUGCUUAAAUUGGCAAAAUUUGCACAAGAAAGGCAUACAAAUAUUUAUAUGCAAAGUUUCUGACUGUGUCUAUUUUUUAAGCAUCUCCCCAAUAAAUUCCAUUUCUAGAUUUGAGGGCAAUGGAAAUGUUUAUUCUACCUGUUUCAGGGAGUCAGUGUCUAUACAUGUUCAUUUUGAAAGAAACAAAACAUCAAAGGAGUUAAAACAUAGAUAACCUUUCCAAAUGAUAUUUGAAAUUCUAGACUUCAGAAUGUAAAUAACUGUAAUAUGACUUUGUCAUUGUUUAAAACAUGGUGUUAAAACUUGCAGGAUUACUGAUUAAAGGUGCAGUUUUUUUCAAAAGUUGUCACUUCAUUUUGUGCUAUUUUGGUGAAGAUGCUCUAACCUCUAUAGAAUUGGAGCUCAAGAUUCACUUACACUGGUUUGAUUUCUGGUGCAAAAUAAAAUGUAUUUAUUAAA